GUCCCUCCAUGAUAAAAUCAUAGUCGCUUCGAACCCCAAAGAGUGAAUUUCUAGAGUUUACCCCUAAGGUGAGAAUCGACAACUGCCCAACAGUUACGAUUUUUUUUCGUUGUUGCAAGAAAAUUUUUGCCUUCGAAUUUGUCAGAUUCUCAGUUCCUGAGCAGGUCCUGGGAGAGUUCGGUGGUGGUCAUCUCCAGGAGAUCCUUGCAGAUAGCACAGGAUAACUGUGUGAGUGGGAAGGUUUUAUCGAUCUCUGCGCCCUGUCUAUCCAGAACGAAGUUCUCAGUUAAACGGGAACAGUGCAAGAGCAAAAGAGGAAAUCAGCCAUGGUUGACGCAGCAGUUUUGGAAAAAUUGGAGUCUGGAUUCAGCAAGCUCGAAGCUUCCGACUCGAAAUCGCUCCUGAAGAAAUAUCUCACCAGAGAAUUGUUCGAUCAACUGAAAACCAAGAAAACUUCCUUUGGUUCGACUUUGCUAGAUGUCAUCCAAUCCGGCUUAGAAAACCACGACUCAGGAAUUGGAAUCUACGCUCCUGAUGCUGAGGCCUACACAGUAUUCGCCGACCUAUUCGACCCUAUCAUCGAAGAUUACCAUGGUGGCUUCAAAAAGACUGACAAGCAUCCCCCUAGAGAUUUUGGGGAUGUGAAUGUUUUUGGCAACUUGGAUCCUGCUGGAGAAUACAUCGUAUCUACCCGUGUUAGAUGCGGUCGUUCUUUGGAAGGUUAUCCCUUCAAUCCAUGCUUAACGGAAGAACAAUACAAGGAGAUGGAGCAGAAGGUUUCAUCCACAUUGUCUGGACUUGAUGGAGAACUCAAAGGUACUUUCUAUCCGUUAACUGGAAUGGACAAGGAAACCCAGCAGAAGCUGAUCGACGAUCACUUCUUGUUCAAGGAGGGAGACAGAUUCUUGCAGGCUGCAAACGCCUGCAGAUUCUGGCCAACUGGUCGUGGAAUAUUCCAUAACGAUGCCAAAUCCUUCCUGGUCUGGUGCAACGAAGAGGAUCAUCUCAGAAUCAUCUCGAUGCAAAUGGGUGGCGACCUGGGUCAAGUUUACCGUCGUCUUGUUACUGCUGUUAACGAAAUCGAGAAACGUCUGCCAUUUUCACACAACGACAGGCUGGGUUUCCUCACUUUCUGUCCAACCAACUUGGGCACCACUGUGAGGGCUUCGGUUCACAUCAAGGUGCCAAAAUUGGCCUCUAACAAGGCUAAGCUCGACGAGAUCGCCGGCAAGUUCAAUCUUCAGGUACGUGGCACACGUGGUGAACACACAGAAGCUGAGGGUGGCAUCUACGACAUAUCCAACAAGAGGAGAAUGGGUCUAACAGAAUUCGAUGCCGUUAAAGAGAUGUACGAUGGCAUUUCUGAACUCAUUAAAAUUGAGAAAGAACUGUAAUUCGACCAGUAUUAAAAUGGUUCGUUGAGUAUACAUUAUAUCCAGCAGCAACGGAGCAACUGAGUAAUGAGUAUUAUAACCUUGUUGUCGAAAAAACCGGGUGCUUACUGCUAAGUUUCUAAAGGAUGUGUAAGAACAUAUGUUCAAUGUAUUCAGCUUUUAGUCGGAAUUUAUUUUACACAGAACGAGUACUGGAUACUUACUAUUAUUAUUAAUAUUAUACCCAUUCAUUGGAUAUACUCUGUUUCUUUAUAAGAUAAUCAUGUGAAUAUGUUAAGUUUUAUUUAUAUCAACGGAAAGUUUAACACAAUUUAAUAAAAUACGUCCAACCUA